CUAUCAUACAAAUCAGUUCCCAACUCCACCAUUUUCAUCACAGAAUAGUUACACGCCAAGUUUUCUCAAACAGACGCCAAUGGUCCCACCCCACGAGUCCCUCCCAGUCAUCACCACCAGAGAGAGAGAGAGAGAGAGAGAGUUCUGUCCAGCUAAGCCAGUAAAGAUCGGUGGUUGAAACACUUGGCUCUUCUCAUCAGUCAUCACUCAGAUUUCUUUACCGUUAGACCUUAUCGACCCGUCUCUUCCUUCUGUCCUUCCUUUUUAAAUAUUCCCUCUGCAUCAUCAUUCAUCUUCCACACUCUGCAGAAUCAGAACACAGCUAGCUCUCAAUACCAUGGCAUCCCUCACCUCACAACUCCCAAUCCUCCUCUUCCUCUUUGUCACCGCUUUCACUUCCGCAGACUCCCAGUCGUUCAUCGGCGUCAACUACGGCCAGGUCGCCGACAACCUCCCGGCGCCGGCGGCCACAGCCAAGCUCCUCCAGUCCACCGCCAUCAAGCAAGUCCGCCUCUACGGAUCCGACCCCGACGUCAUCAAGGCCCUGGCCAACACCGGCAUCGGCAUCGUCAUCGGAAUCGCCAACGGCGCCAUCCCCUCCCUCGCCGCAGAUCCCAACGCCGCCGUCCAGUGGAUCAACUCGAACGUCGUCCCGUUCUACCCGGCCAGCAAUAUCACCCUAAUCAACGUCGGCAAUGAGGUCCUCUUCUCCAACGACCAGGGCCUCAUCUCGCAGCUCCUCCCCGCCAUGCGAAAUGUCCAGUCUGCCCUCGCCGCCGCUUCCCUCGGCGGGAAGGUCCGCGUCUCCUCCGUCCACGCCAUGACGUUGCUGUCGCAGUCCGACCCGCCCUCCUCGGGUCGGUUCAACCCGGCGUUGGUCGACGUCCUCAAGGGACUGCUGGCGUUCCAGAGGGACAAUGCCUCGCCCUUCGCCGUCAACCCGUACCCUUUUUUCGCCUACCAGAGCGACCCGAGACCCGAAACGCUCGCGUUUUGCCUCUUCCAGCCCAACGCGGGACGAGUCGACCCGGGCUCCGGGAUCAAGUACAUGAACAUGUUCGAUGCUCAGGUUGAUGCUGUGAAGUCUGCCCUGAAUGCAAUUGGAUUCAAUGACAUUGAUAUUUUGGUGGCCGAGACAGGAUGGCCAUACCGCGGAGAUAGCAAUGAAGUUGGACCUAGUGUUGAGAAUGCAAAGGCAUACAAUGGCAAUUUGAUUAAGCAUCUUAGAUCCAUGGUUGGGACUCCAUUGAUUCCUGGAAAACCUGUGGAGACAUACAUAUUUGCACUCUAUGAUGAGAAUCUGAAACCUGGUCCAACCUCCGAGCGAUCGUUCGGGCUGUUCAAGCCUGAUUUAUCUGCCACUUAUGAUGCUGGUCUCUCAAAGAGUAGCCAGACUCCCUCAACACCAUCAGGGACUCCUUCACCGAAGCCUACUCCUUCACCUAAGCCUACUACUUCAUCAAAGUGGUGCGUGCCCAAAACUGGUGGCGUUUCUGAUGCUCAGUUGCAGGCAAAUCUCGACUAUGCUUGUGGCCAUGGAAUUGAUUGCAGCGCAAUCCAACCCGGAGGUGCCUGUUUUGACCCAAACACAGUAGCAUCCCAUGCUGCCUACGCCAUGAAUCUUUACUACCAUACUGUUGGCACAGAUCCAAUGAAUUGUGAUUUCUCACAAACAGCAACACUGACCUCCACAAACCCCAGUUACAAUUCUUGUGUUUACCCUGGUGGAGGAAGUACUAGCAAACUACCUUUCGAAGCAGGGAAGGUUGAUACGAUGUCAAUUAAUGGAUCUUCUAAGGUUGGAAAUCUGUUAAGUAUAAGGAAUAAGGUCCUGGUGUACCUUUUUUUGUUUUUAAUUUAUAGCUUAUCCCUCUGAUUGUAAAGAAUGCUAGUUCUAUUUGAUAUAUUAUAAAUGAGAAUUUAAAAGAGA